AUGUUCUCCGGACGCCGUACCCGCCGUGCCAACGCUCACCAUCACCAUCACCACCACACAACUACCACCACGACGCGCGCCCCCCGCCGCAGCAUCUUCUCCCGCCGCCAGCGUGUCGCCGUUCACCACCAGAAGCGCAAGCCUACCAUGAAGGACAAGAUCAGCGGCGCCCUCACCAAGCUGAGGGGUAGCCUGACCCGCCGCCCCGGCCUCAAGGCUGCUGGCACUCGCCGCAUGCACGGGACCGACGGUCGCGGAUCCCACCGCGCCGGACGCCGAUUCUUCUAA